AUGCGUGAACCCCAACUUUCUCAAUUAAACGAGUCAAUUUCCCCUUUCCAACAUGUAAUUCCGCAGUUUUUACUACCAACCAGGCUAUCCAUAGCGCGAUAUAUGAGUGGCUAUGUCGACGGGUUUAGCAAUCACCACCCAUUUAUUCACAUCCCAACUCUGAGGAUUCUGUCCUAUCCUCGAUCUCCAGAGUUAAUUCUGGCCAUAAUGGCGAUUGGUGCUCAGUAUCGUUACGAGACCAAAACUGCGAGAGCAUUAUACCAAGCGGGCCGGUCGAUCGUCUUGGAACGGCUGCGCAGGGGCGAUCUCUUCCCACCAGCUAAGGCGAAUUAUUCCGUUCAAAACGAAUCCAACACCCGGUCGACCAAUGCAGACUAUAUGGAUCGCACUCGGGCUUUGCUUCUUCUGGCCACACAUUGCUCCUGGCAAGCUGAUCUAGGGCUAACACAAGAAUGCUUCGAGUACCAGAGUCUCAUUGCACGGUCGCUUCGACAGAUCGGACUAUCGGAGGACCAGGGGCAUCAUGGUGAUGACUGGGCUCAGUGGGCUCGCUGCGAAAUGGACCGCCGGACCAAGCUCUUUGGCUGGUGUCUUUUGAAUCUACAGAGUCUGGCAUUCAACACGCCUCCCCCCUUGCUGAGCCAUGAACUGAAUCUCUAUCUACCUUCGUCAUGUGAAGAAUGGGUAGCUCCAAACCAGGCCAAGUGGCUAGCAUCCAGAUCACGCUUUCCUUCCCCGGUCAUGUUCAAAGAAGCUCAUAGCUCACAUCUUGCAAAUGCCAGUAACCUGCCCCCUGUUCCAGGAGUGUCUCCGAUGGGGAACUACAUUCUAGUUCACGCUUUACUCCAGCGGAUAUACCUGUCCCAGCAGCUUUCCCACGACAGCCACAGACAAAGUCUUCCGGCCCGAGACGUGGAGCAGCUAGAACACGCGCUGAACCGCUGGCGCCAUACGUGGCGCACUUCCCCGGAGUCAAUGCUGGACCUGCAAAACUCUUAUGCAUCUCUGCCUUUCACCUCUACGGCUCUCUUGGGAGCAGCUCACAUUCGCCUUCACUGUAACCUGGGUCAGUGGCGGGACCUUCCGAGUUGUGACACAAAUACUGUGGCCGCGACCCUCCAAGAGGCCCCAGUUCCCCAGAGAGGUGAUCAUCUCAUAUAUGCGCUUCUUCACUCAGUACACUCCUUGAAUAUACCCGUCCAGCUGGGAAUCUCGUAUCUGUCCCGCUGCAGGUCUUUUUCUUGGAGCAUUCAUCAUGCUCUCUGCGAUCUGGAAUGUGCUGCAUUCCUAAGCAAAUGGCUGGGAGUAAUUGCCGAGUCGCAGCAAACGCAGCCUCUUUCCCCAUUGGAGAACCGUGUCAUUAGAUGGGUUAUGAGGGUUGUGCGUGAAGCACUUCUUUCUCAAGAUGAAAUGAUUCAUCUAGGACAUGAGAUCAAUGAUCCCAAUCUCUCCUAUUUAUCACAAACAGCUCGGCUCCUCAGCUACGCUGUAGUCAAAGUGUGGGCGCAGAUGUUCAAAUCCUGCAAUAGCCCAUGGCCUGUUGUUGGGUUCAUCGGGCAGAGUCUCGAUCGGUAUGCCGAGCUUAUUCAUACUGCCCAUCUGACAGGGUAG